UAUUCUAUCAUUAUUAAGGAUCAUUAAAUAUCGACGAAGAAAAUCAACAAAGAGUAAAUCUUCUACGAGGAGAACAUUUGGUAAAUGGAUUCCAGUUUCAUUUAAAUCACCUAUUCCAGUUGCUUAUCCUGAUUGGUCAAUUGAAACAACUCGUCCAUUACCAUAUCGUCCAUUUAAGUAUGGACCUGAUUAUUUUAUAACAAUGGGAAUUCGACGUUUAGAUUUAAAUGAUUGGAUUGAAUUAGAUAAUAAAUGGAGUAAAUAUCAUCAAGUAAAACUUGAUCGGUUUUCAGAAGAAAGAGCUCAUCUUUUAUGUAAAACAGCACCUGAAGCAUAUGAUGCUGCACAUGAAACAAUGGAAUUACUUUGUGAAUAUUUAGUUCAUCGUUAUCCAUCAUUAUUUCAAUAUGAAUUAAAUAAUAAUAAUGAUAAAAAAAUUCGAAUUAAAACAACAGGAGAAAUCUAUAGUAUAAAUAGUGAUGAUCCUCUUAAAUAUGCAUCACUUUUAAUUCAAGAUGAUUUAGCUCUAAUGAUUGAAGGAUCUGACGGACAAUAUUAUCUUAAAGCUGGUUCAAUUAUUAUUCCGGGAUUUUGGCGUCUUCAAGAUAAAUUUAAUAUGCCUCUUGCACAAAUUCAUUUAUCAGGUGAUGUUCCCAAAUUUAAAGAAAAAUUACAACAUAGUAUGGAAAGAUAUUUUCAAAAGAUGAAUCCUGAACAUCCUGUUAUUAGACAUAAUUAUUUUAUUCAAACAGAUGGAGAUUUAGCUUGGUCAAAUUCAAUUGGUUCUGAAGAUCAAUUUGGUAUUGGAUGGAUAAAUGCUAAACCAAAUCCACCAAUUGAAAAUAUUUAUUUUCGUAGUGAAAGACAAACACUUAGACGAUUACCAAGAAGUGGAGCUAUUCUUUUUACUAUUCGUCCUUAUUUUAUUCCAAUUGUUGAAAUAGCUAAAGAAGCAGGUGUACCAGGACGAUUAGCUUCAGCUAUACGAAGUUGGCCAGAUGAUGUUUCUAUAUACAAAGGAAAAAAAGCUUAUGAAGAUGUUCUCUUAAAAUAUCUUGAUCAAAAACAUCAAGAACAAUGUGAUAAUGGUUUAGAUAUUGAUUAUUCAAAAUCUUAUCCAUAUUAA